UUCCAAUUCCGCGGUGUUCUGUAGUCGACGGAGCCGAUAUUGUUUAACAGCCUUUAAAUGGCCAAAAACCAUAAGAAGAGCGCCUCUGGCGCUAAGCCGUCGGGCAAUCCGUCCGUUCAGUUUGCCGACGAACCAGUGACCACCGACGCACGUUUUACCCGGGUCUAUUCCGAUCCUCGCUUCAUAAAACCCCGCAAAGAUGCCACUAAGGUUACAAUUGAUAGCCGAUUCUCGAAGAUGCUCAAGAGUGAGGAAUUUGGAACUGGGAUUGCGGCCCCGCGGGUUGACAAAUACGGUAGGCCAACAAAGAAAACAGCCAGCAAGGAUCUCGAGCGGUUCUACAAACUCGACGAAGAGGAGAAGGGGACAAUUGAUCAGGAUAGCGAGAGUCUAAGUACCUCAGAAGUUGAUGAAUCUAUGGAGGAAGAGUACAAUGCUGUUGUUGCUGGAUAUGAUCUUGCGCGUGGCGAGGGAUUGGUAGAGUCAGAUUCAGAUGAUGAUUCAUAUGAAGACAUUGAAGCGGAGGAUGGAGUUGAAGACGCUAUUGAAGUGGGCCCUUACGCAGAGGAGAAUGUUCCAACGGGCGACGAAACCUACAGGUUCGCCGUUGUAAACUUAGAUUGGGACCACGUCAAGGCGAAAGACUUAUUCAAAGUCUUUGAUGCUUUCAAGCCGGCUCAAGGGGCCAUAAAGUCCGUAAAAAUCUACCCAUCUGAGUUUGGCAAGGAAAGGCUGGAACGAGAAGCACGGGAAGGGCCUCCGGCCGACAUUUUCGGAUCUCCGGCAGGGGACGAUGUACUGCAGCCAUUGAUUCGAGCGGAGGACGGAACUGAGGAUUACGACAAUAUCAAGCUGCGCAAAUACCAAAUGGAAAGAUUGAAGUACUAUUAUGCAGUGGUUGAAUGUGACUCUGUGGAAACGGCACGAACUAUUUAUAAAACUUGCGAUGGCACCGAGUAUGAGAAAUCUGCGAAUUUCUUUGACUUACGGUACAUCCCGACUGGAAUGGACUUUGACGAUAGUCCAAGUGACGAGGCAUAUGACGUGCCAGCGGCAUAUCAACCAAAAGAUUUCGUCACCCAAGCGCUGCAGCAUUCCAAUGUCAAACUUACUUGGGAUGAAGAUGACGACGAUCGUGUCCGAAUCACGCGAAGGAAAUUUACCAAAAACGACCUGCAAGAUAUGGAUUUCAAAGCGUAUCUGGCGUCCGCGUCUGAGGACGAGGAAUCAGACGACAACGCCCAAUCCUUAAGGGCCAAGUAUCAGGCUCUGCUGCAAGGGAAUACAGAUGGCAAUCGUGAUGCUUUUGGUAAUAAGGAAACAGAAGAGGAAUUGGAGAUUACAUUUGCGCCUGGGCUAAGUGAAAAGGCUGCAGCAUUAUUGGAGAAAAAGAAGGAGAGACAGGCGCAGAAGGACGAGACGGUAUUUGAACAAUACUUGCGUAAGCGAAAAGAGAAGCGGAAGGCCAAGAAAACUGCCCAAAAGGAGAUGGAUGAUGAGCCAUUAGUGUCUUCGGGUGACGAAGAAAUAGACAUGGAUGAUCCAUUCUUCAGUGAGGAGUUUGGUUCUGAAUAUCAACCGAAAGUGUCGGACACAAGCGAAAGAAAGCAGACGAAGAAAGCACUCAAAAGCAGAAAACCUAGUGCGGAUGACGUGAAAUCCAAGGCGGAGCUUGAAUUGCUAAUGUUGCAAGAUGAGGGCGGACCUAACUCUCGACAUUUUGACAUGAAAGAAGUGAUAAAGGAAGAAAAAGGCCAAAAGAAGAAGAAGGGCCGUAAACCGAAGAAGGAACGUCGGGAGGGUGGUGUGCAGGAUGGGUUUGAGAUUGAUAUCAAGGAUCCCCGAUUUGCGAGCGUGCUAGAAAGUCAUCAUUUUGCCAUUGAUCCCACUAAUCCUCAAUUCAAGAAAACACAAGCCAUGGAGAAAGUCUUGCAGGAGCGCCGCAAGCGCCGUGACAUGAAGGAGGACGGUCAGACUAUACCACAAAAUAGAGCCCAGAAAGCGAAAAAUGUAUCUGAAGAGCAGACACGCCCGGGUUCAUCAAAUCUGUCGCUAUUGGUGGAGUCGGUGAAACGAAAAAGCGCAGCUGCGAUAGGUGAUCGCAGUCUCAAAGGCAAAAGACAGAAAGUAGCGCCAGUAUCAAGUUGAUAGUAGAAACUCGGUAGUUUAGAGGGUUUAUCUACUUCCUGUUGGAUAUGUCUCUCUUUUAUGUACAGAUAGCAAACAGGUUCCCAUAGUGCACCAACCAGGCAGGAACGGAAAGCAUUUCUGAACGUCCCUGGUCAGAUUAUAAAACAGUUGGACUUCAGAUCACAGAUCGUCAUCGUCCUCUUCGUCCUCCAGAUCA